AUAAAUAAGGCAUCGUUUAGUUGGGCGGCGCCGGCGGCGCAUGAGUCGAGAGGUAGCUCUGUCGCGUGGUACAACGGGAACUAGAGUAAAUAACAUCAAUAUGAGAUUAUUGUAUAUUGGCUUACUGUUUUCCUUUACAGGAUUCUCUGUACAGAAAUCGACUCCUCAAGAUGAUCACUACGUGGGAGCUGUGGUGGAGUACUUAGUGACGGGGAAUGUGGCGACCAACCUCGUUAACUAUGCCAACCUUAUCAAGGAAGCUGCUGAUCAGGGUGCGGAUAUUGUGGUGUUCCCUGAGGACACGCUUACGAACAGCUCGACCUACUUCACGGUUCCAAUCUACGGCACUCUGAAGAAUUACCCCAUACCAGCACUCUAUCCUACCAUGUUCGAUGAGUUCAUGGUGGCCAUAUCAACGGCAGCGAGGGCCAAUCAGAUCUACGUGGUCAUCAACGGGCGCGAGCUCAUGGACUGCACAAUUCAGAAUACGGGAGAGAAUUGUCCUGAAGAGAAGUCUUAUAUGUUCAAAACCAAUGUCGUGUUUGAUAGGACUGGCGCUGUUAUUGAUAGGUUCCGUAAGAUAAACUUAUUCCGGCAGGCGUCCUACACGCCAGCCUUGAAACCUGACCUCGGGGUGUUCACCACAGACUUCGGAGUCACAUUCGGCCACUUCAUCUGCUUUGACCUGAUGUUCCAAAUACCUGCCGUGCAGGUUGUGCAGAAGAUGAACAUUAAAGACGUCAUAUUCCCCACCAUGUGGUUCUCUGAACUUCCUUAUUUGACUGCUGUUCAAAUCCAGGAGGCGUAUGCUUACGCUCUCGAUGUCAACUUCUUGGGAUCUGGAGCCAACAAUGUCAGAGUUGGUAGUGGAGGUUCCGGAAUAUAUUCCGGUAAGGCUGGUGCCCUGAUCAGUAUUAUGCCUGGACUACCCACGACUAAAGUUCUUGUGGCGAAAGUGCCUAAAGUACCUGGUGAGGUGUCAUGGCCAUACCCAGAUCCCAUCUACGAUGAACCCUUCAACAUGAACAACAUGCGCCUGAUCGUCGACCCGUCCCUCGCGUCACACGUCACCAAGCUGCUGGAACCAGGCACCCAGGAGUUCACGCUAGUAGACAAGGAUGUGUCUUGUACUUUUAGAGUCACGCUUUCUCAAAGGAAUAGUCAAAUUUCGGUGCGGUACCGAGCCUUCGUACAAGACGGCACCAACACAUACGCUAGACGUGAGGUCGGCGUCGUGGCGUGUCUGCUCGUCGCCUGCAAGAACGAUAACGUCACUUCUUGCUCUUACAGAUACACACAACAAGAAGAAAAUGAAAUUGAAAAAUUGGAAAUAGAAAUGAAUACGUACCGGAACACAUACAACGACACACUUGACUGCAAUAAUAUUGAGUACUUCCCUGUGACAGUCAGAUACAACAAGUUUCCUCUCAGUCCUAAGAACUUUACUUUCACCUCGAAGGAAAAGGACCAAACUAAAUGCGAACAGAAGGAACAAAAUCGCUUAUCGAUCCUUUAGAAAGAAAUUAUUAGCAGGACCAAAAGAGAGCGUCUCAAUUUCAAAAUUAACGUGCCUCAACGAGAGUUAAUAGCUUUUGGUAUCUGGGGAAGGAUUUACACAAGGGAUGUGGACCAUAAUAAGGAACCAUCUGAUGAUGAUGUUCAGAAAUUCAACACUCUGCUAGAUGAUUUAUUCAGUUCAGAUGAUUAAAUGCAAAUGACUGUUGAAGAAUGUUGUGCCAUUUUGAUGAAUAUAAGUAAUCUAAGACUGAAUUAGUGGUUAAAUAAUUACGUAAGACAGUUGUUGACUCCAGAAUCGAAUCAUAUGGAGUAAUAUGUGCAAGUUUGAAAGACUAUGGAGUCUAUAAACAUAGUAUUGAAUGUAUUUUUUUUACAAAUUGGAAAAAAAAAUUGUUAGUUUUUAAUGCUAGUUGGUUGCAUGUUAUGUUAAUCUAGUUUUCUUAUAUUUUUACCAAUAUUUGUGUUUCUAUGUUCUGCAGUUUUAAUUUUUUACGUGCCAAAAGGUUCGUAAGUACUUAAUUUUUUGUUCAUGUCAGAUCAUUGCACAUUUUGUUUUAAGCCCCGUUCGAAUCUGAUUUUUUGCCUCAUAAAUCGAUUUAUUUUUAAUAAACGCUCGCAAAAUUGUUGUCGUAUAAA